CCAGACGCGGAAACCUGUCUGCAUUAGGAACCUGGUCUCCCUCUGAGCGAGUGGGCUCCAUUUCCUGGUUUGAAAAGAAGCAGCUGGGAAGGCAAGGAAGAAGAUGGAGUCAGAGUUCCUGUACGACCUGUUGCAGCUCCCAAAGGAGGUAGCUCAGCCCGCCGAGGAAGAGCUUCCACGAGGAGGAAAGAAGAAAUAUCUGUCGCCCAAUUCCAAGAGGAGCCCCAAGUUUGAAGAACUGCAGAAGGUGCUGAUGGAAUGGAUCAAUGCCACACUCCUCCCAGAGCACAUCGUGGUCCGCAGCCUGGAGGAAGACAUGUUUGAUGGGCUCAUUCUGCACCACCUGUUCCAGAGGCUGGCAUCGAUCAAGCUGGAAGUGGAGGAAAUCUCUCUGACCUCGGCCAGCCAGAGGCACAAGCUAGGGGUCAUCCUGGAGGCUGUCAACCAGAGCCUGCAGGUGGAAGAGAAGCAGGCCAAGUGGAGUGUGGAGACCAUCUUCAACAAGGACCUGCUGGCCACCUUGCAUCUCCUGGUGGCCCUGGCCAAACGCUUCCAGCCGGACCUGCCCCUCCCAGACAACGUCCAGGUGGAAGUCAUCCACAUUGAGAGCACCAAGACCGGCCUGAAGUCGGACAAGCAGGUGGAGCAGCUCACAGAAUGCAGGUCACACAAGGACCAGCCUUUACAGGAUGCCUUUGAUGAAUUAUUUAAGCUGGCUCCGGAGAAAGUGCACGCUGUCAAAGAGGCCAUUGUGAGCUUUGUCAACCAGAAGCUAGAGCGCCUGGGCUUGUCUGUGCAGAGUCUGGAUACCCAGUUUGCAGAUGGCGUCAUCCUGCUGCUGCUGAUUGGACAGCUGGAAGGCUUCUUCUUGCAUCUGAAGGAAUUCUAUCUCACUCCCAGCUCUCCCACAGAAAUGCUGCACAAUGUCACCCUAGCCCUGGAUCUGCUCAAGGAUGAAGGCCUGUUCAGCUACCCUGUCAACCCUGAAGGUAAUCCUUCCAUGGAGACCUUCCUCUGUGCCCCAUCGAUUCUCUCGGGAGCAUCCCGAGCCGUGAUACAAGCUUGA